AUGAUUCCCCCCUGCGACCCCUCUAUUCUCGAACACAACCCCAAGUUCAAACGACUCUAUGAGAACCUAACACUCAAUAUCCUGAACCCGGAUGGUUCGACACGCGUCCACAGCGCCGACCCGGCGCGCACAGUCGUUGCGGAGGACCUGAAGCAAUGUCAAAUCCAGAGCAGCAAGCGGCGAAUCAAAGAGCGCAUCCUCAAACAACUGGCGUUUGCCUCGGACAGCGGGAUACCCGAAGAGUGUCACGAUAAUCUUGCCAUAAUAUCGUUAUACCUCGAAACAUCAUCCGCCGCAAUCGAGCCCGAACCACUAGUUCCAGCAUUCGGCGAGAACGAGGAAGAGAACGAGAACACAGCUCUCUCUCUCCUACUCCCCGAAUUCUCAACCUUCUAUAACACAAUCCCAACACUCUCCCGGCACAUCUCAACCCAACUCUCAAAUUCAAUCGCAGACCUCCGCUCUCUAACCACGGACGACCCCUCAAACGAACCCGCAUCCUCCCGCUCGACAUCAACAUCAACAUCAACAUCAACAACACACCACGCCCGCAUCAGAGCCCGCGACAAACGGCUCCGAACCUCAAUGGCACCCGUCAAACUCCUCUCAACACAUCUAGCCGAGCAAGUCGCAUAUCUGCGCCGGAGACAAUUAUUCGAACUACCCACCGCGCGACGCGCGAUGGCAGCGACGGCGACGCAAUUAUUAGCUGCCCAGGCUGUUGUUCUGGAGCGUAUUGUUGUCAUUCUUGAGAGGGGCAUGCAUGGGGCGUUGGCGAGGAGGAUUAAAGCGAGGGCGGAUCAUUUGGGGACUGUUGCACGAGGUGUGGAGGGGAAAGUUGAGGUUACGAAGCUUGAGAUCGCUGCUAUGCUUUAUACGCCUGAGACGCUUGCUGCGCUGGGGAGGUAUCGGGAUCAUUUGCGGGAGUUGAGGGGCCGGCUUGAUGAGCGGGGAUUUGUGGCGAAGGGGGAAUUGAAGAGGUAUGGGGAUGUUGGGGAUUUUGACGAGGAGGGGAAUGGGGGGACGCUGGCGGAGAUUGCGCGGCGGUAUGGGGGUUUGUUGAUGGAGGUUGAGAAUGUGAGGAUGGAAAUUGCAAGGAUUGGGGAAUGA